AUGGACGUUCGGAACGAGGAAAGCCACGUUUUCACCAUCAAGUUGGCAAAACUAACAGGGUUGUUCCAGUUAUUGGCUCCUGGAACUGUAAAAUACCGUGGUCGAAACAUCUAUCACAUUGCCAUGGUGUGCGUUUUGCUGGGCUUGGGUCUCAUCUCGUUGAUUAUGAUCCUCAGCGGUCUGUACUACUGGACGAGCAAUAUAUCUAUAAGUAUGGAUUAUUUUUGGAAAUCAGAAUUCGCGUUGUACAUAAUCUACAAGAUGUGGUUCGUCGUCCGCCACUCGGACGACAUAUGGAAUUGUCUGUCGAUCGCGCGGUACGAUUUCACAUCGAUCAACGACCAGAACAGACACAUACUGGAUCGUUGGCGACAACGUUUGGCGUGGUUUACGACCAUAUACUCGAUAAUUUACUUAACGUCCACGUUCAGUUACUUGGUAAUUCCCUUGGCAUUCGGUGAGGAUAAAUCGCCAGUCAAAAGCCCCGACGGUUCAAUCGGGUAUUACCGGCAGAACGCCAUGAAUUUAUAUUUAAUCGUAUCCGACGAAACGUACAACGCACACUAUUAUAUGUUUUACUUCGUCGAGACAUUAUUCGUCGUCUUUACGGGAUGUUUUUUCCUCAUAUUCGACUGUCUUCUGGUUACGCUGUGCUUUUGUACGUGCUGUCAGAUGCAAAUCAUUUGCUCUGCGUUCGAAUCGGUGGGACACAAAUCACUUCGUGACCACGAUUCCCAAAUCGUUUCUACAGAUGAAAAUAUAAAGAUACCACCUUAUGAACACGAUUUGAUAUAUUAUAAUGAAUUAAAAACAAUUGCUAUGGAUCAUCAACGCGUAAUGGAGAAAUAUGAAGAAUUUUUAACACUAUUUCGACGAGUGAUUUUGUCACACAUAUUCGUAUCGUCAUUAGCGGUCAUCGCGGUUUUGUUUACUUUCAUAAUGAGUUUCUCCAACGGUGAUAGAUUUAAGACUUCAGAAGUUGUAGUAGAAAAAAUAUUUUUCUCAAUUCCUUCAAUAUUGUUUCAAAUAUUUAUGGUGUGUCAUUUAUUUGGCAAUAUACAAGAUCAAAAAAAUUCAAUAAUAGACGCAUUGUACGGCAGUAAUUGGACCGAAAUGAACAUGAAAUGUAAAAAAUUGGUAUUAUUGACAAUGAAAUUGAAUAAUGCUAACAACCAACAGUUAAAAUUUACUAGAACAAAAAUUGUAAACUUGGAAAUGUUUUUUAAAACGAUGGGUAAUUGCUACACAGUUAUUUCGGUUUUAGUAAAUUAUAUACAAACAAAGGAUACCUAA